UGUGUUCCCCCUCUGGGUUGUCUGUUUGUACAGACUUCAGUGGUUUUUCUUCUUCAUUUCAUCUUUUAGAUUUGCCUCAGGCUGCUUCUUCAGACUUCAGCUUUAUCAAAGACACACUUCACCCCAAAAUCCAAAAUAUUACCCGUUUGUCCAGAUGGUUAGUUUGUUGUUUGUUUGUCUCGGUAGUUUUGCUCUGGAGAUAUCAGAGGAAUAUUAUGGAAUUAGAUGUCUCUUCACUUGUGGUUCUCAAAGAAGCAAGAAAUAGAAACUCAACAGCAAAGUCUUCUUCCAGAAAUCAUGAAAGUAAUCCUCAGACCUCGUUGUGUGCAGGGUCAAAGCAAUCUGGAGGCAUAAAUGGAAGAAUGAAAAUAUGUAUUUAUGUUUUUUGGGGUGAAAUGUCUUUUUAAAGCUCACUUUUUGUUUUGUAACCUGCUUGGAGUCAUGCGGUUAUUUUGUUUGUUGAUUUUUGCUGAAUUAUAAUGUGAACGAGAUGGGGCUGAGCCUGCAGGUGUUGAGCUGUUGCUGUGGAGUAUUGAGCAAAACGAGGACAUCGUGAACAACACAAAGCACCCUGGCAGACAGUGAAGAAGGUGGCUGUACUUUCGAGGAGUCGUAUAGCAGCUGUGGGUACAGCGUUUCUCUAGGAACCAAUGGAUUUACCUGGGAACAAGUCAACUCCUGGGAGAAACCCACCAUGGACCCUGCUCUGCCUACUGGUUCGUUCAUGGUGGUGAACGCGUCGGGUCGGGCGUCGGGACAGAAGGCUCACCUUUACAUGCCCACCCUGAAGGAGAACGACACCCACUGCAUCGACUUCCUGUACUCCCUGUCCAGCCGGGACGGAGCCAGCCCGGGCACGCUCAACGUCUAUAUCAAGGUGAAUGGCGGCGCUCAGGGUAACCCGGUGUGGAACGCCUCCAACACCGUUACCGAAGGCUGGGUGAAGGCUGAGCUCGCCAUUUCCACGUUCUGGCCCAACUCCUAUCAGGUAAUAUUUGAAGCAGUUUCAGUUCAAGGCCACCCAGGUUUCAUCGCCAUUGAUGACAUACGAGUUCUGGCUCACCCCUGCCGUAAAGCGCCUCACUUCCUGCGUCUGCAGAACGUGGAGGUGAACGUGGGCCAGAAUGCGACGUUUCAGUGUACGGCCGGUGGAAAAUGGUCUCAGCACGAUAAACUCUGGCUGCAGCAGUGGAACGGGAAGGACACGGCGCUGAUGGUGACCAGGGUGGUGAACCACCGCCGUUUUUCAGCCACCGUCAGCGUUGGCGACACAUCCCAGCGCAGCACCAGCCGCUACCGCUGCGUCAUCCGAUCAGACGGCGGGUCCGGGGUGUCCAACUAUGCCGAUCUCAUCGUUAAAGCUCCACCCACCCCCAUCGCACCACCUGAGCUUCUGGCCGUCGGUGCAACCUACCUCUGGAUCAAACCCAACGCCAACAGCAUCAUCGGCGAUGGACCGAUCAUCCUGAAGGAGGUGGAGUACCGCACCACCUCUGGGAACUGGGCGGAGACCCACGUGGUGGACUCCCCCACCUAUAAACUGUGGCAUCUGGACCCAGACGUGGAGUACGAGAUCAAGGUGCUGCUGUCCAGACCGGGAGAGGGAGGAACGGGGCCACCGGGGCCGCCGCUGGUCACCAGGACCAAAUGCGCAGAUCCCGUCCACGGUCCCCAAAAUGUCAACGUGGUGGACGUCAGAGCGCGUCAGCUGACCAUACAGUGGGAGACGUUUGGGUACGCUGUGACACGCUGCCACAGUUACAAUCUGACGGUGCAGUACCAGUAUGUGUUCAACCAGCAGGAGUUUGCAGCAGAGGAGUUGAUCCAGACGUCGUCACACUACACCCUGAGGGGGCUGAGGCCCUUCGUCACGGUCAGACUGCGGCUGGUCCUCGCCAAUCCUGAGGGCAGCAAGGAGAGCGAGGAGAUCGUCAAACAGACGGAGGAGGACGUGCCUGGCUCUGUGCCGAUGGAGUCUCUGCAGAACACGCCCUACGAGGAGAAGAUCUUCAUGCAGUGGAAAGCUCCCAACGAGACCAACGGGGUCAUCACGCUGUACGAGAUUACCUACAAGGCCCUGAGCUCUUUGGACCCCAGCGCUGACCUGACAACCCAGAGGGGACGGGUGUUCAAGCUGAGGAACGAGACCCAUCACCUGUUCGUGGGCCUCUACCCAGGGACCACCUACUUCUUCACCCUCAAAGCCUCCACCAACAAGGGCUUCGGCCCCCCCGUCACCACCCGCAUCUCCACCAAGAUAGCAGCUCCCAUGAUGCCCGAGUACGAGUCUGAGGCUCCACUGAACGAGACAGAGACCACCAUCACCAUCCUGCUGAAGCCCGCCCAAUCACGGGGUGCACCCAUCAGCUCAUACCAGCUCGUUGUGAAGGAGGAGCGCAAAUCCAAGACUCGCCGCGCCGCCUCCGAAGCCCCCGAGUGUUUCUCGGCCCCCGUCAGCUUCCGUAACGCCUCCAUCUUGGACUCGCCGUACUACAUCGCUGCUGAGCUGCCCCCGUCCAGCCUCACAGUUGUGCAGCCGUUCACUGUGGGAGACAACAAGAGCUACGGCGGCUUCUGGAAUCCUCCGCUGUCGCCGGCCAAGAGCUACAGCAUCUACUACCAGGCCAUGAGCAGAGCCAAUGGGGAAACCAAAAUCAACUGCGUUCGCCUGGCUAACAAAGGUGCAUCCACCCAGGACUCGGAUGCCAUGGAGCCAGAGAAGCAGGUGGACAGCACAGUGAAAAUGGCUGGAGUGAUCGCAGGGAUCCUGAUGUUCAUCAUCAUCCUCCUCGGCGUCGUCCUCACCUUCAAGCGCAGAGAGAUUCACACAUGGAGAACUCUGAGUGUGGGGAAGCUGGCAAAGAAGCAGAAGGAGACUGCCAGCAGCUCCACCCAGCAGAGGGAGAUGGGCCCGGUCACCACCGCUGAUAAGAGCACCACUAAAGUCAGCACGCUGCACAAAGACGACCCCUUCUCCACCUCCAACCAGGACCUCAACGGAUUCACCUCCCCGUCUCCGUGCUCCUUCUCUGUGCAGGGAAGCAAGACACUGCAGAGCAAAUCCCUGCUGAAUUCCUACUACUCAGUGUCCAAAGAGCCCGUUCCAGCCACGACGUCUAUAGACAGCAGCCAGCCAUCGCUCGCCCAGCCCUCCCUGACCCUGCAGAGUUUCCCCUAUGGAGGCUGUGAGUCUGUGGAGCUCUCCUACCAGAGUGGUCAGUUCCAGGCAGGCCAAUUUCAGCCGGCUAUUCGAGUUGCUGACCUUCUCCAACACAUCACCCAGAUGAAAUGUGGACAGGGCUAUGGUUUCAAGGAGGAAUAUGAGGCCCUGGCUGAGGGACAGACGGCACCCUGGGAAACGGCCAAGAAGGACGAAAACCGCAACAAGAAUCGCUAUGGCAACAUCAUCGCUUACCCCACAGAUGAUCACACCAGAGUUCGACUGCAGCUGCUGGACGGGGACCCCCACUCUGACUACAUCAACGCCAAUUACAUUGAUGGGUACCAUAGACCCAGACAUUACAUCGCCACACAAGGGCCCAUGCAGGAGACAGUGAGGGAUUUCUGGAGGAUGGUCUGGCAGGAAAACUCAGCCUCUAUCGUCAUGGUUACCAAUCUGGUGGAGGUGGGCAGGGUGAAGUGUGUGCGUUACUGGCCGGAUGAGACCGAGGUUUACGGAGACAUCAAGGUGACCCUGAUAGAAACUGAACCGCUGGCUGAAUACGUCAUACGCACGUUCACCGUCCAGAAGAAGGGUCAUCAUGAGAUCCGUGAACUCCGUCAGUUUCAUUUCACCAGCUGGCCCGACCACGGCGUUCCCUGUUACGCCACAGGACUGCUUGGAUUCAUACGACAGGUCAAGUUCCUCAACCCGCCUGAUGCUGGGCCUAUUGUGGCACACUGCAGUGCUGGUGCAGGGAGGACGGGCUGUUUCAUUGCAGUGGACAUCAUGUUGGACAUGGCAGAGAAUGAGGGUGUGGUGGACAUUUUCAACUGCAUCCGAGAGCUGAGAUCACAGCGAGUCAACAUGGUCCAGACAGAGGAGCAAUAUGUGUUUGUUCACGAUGCCAUCUUGGAGGCGUGUCUGUGUGGGAAUACAGCCAUACCAGUGUGCGAGUUCAGAGCCAUUUACUACAACAUCAGCAGACUGGACCCACAGACCAACUCCAGCCAGAUUAAAGAUGAGUUCCAGACACUGAACAUAGUGACCCCUAGAGUCCGUCCAGAGGACUGCAGUGUGGGUUUGCUACCCAGGAACCACGACAAGAACCGCAGUUUGGACGUCCUGUCAGCAGACCGAUGCCUGCCUUUCCUCAUAUCUGUGGAUGGAGAGAGCUCCAAUUACAUCAAUGCAGCAUUAAUGGACAGCCACAAACAGCCAGCGGCCUUCAUUGUUACCCAGCAUCCCUUGCCAAACACCAUGGGCGACUUCUGGAGGCUGGUGUUCGACUACAACUGCUCCUCCAUUGUAAUGCUUAAUGAGAUGGACGCAGCGCAGUUGUGUAUGCAGUACUGGCCAGAAAAGAGUUCAUGCUGCUAUGGUCCCAUUCAAGUCGAAUUCAUAUCGGCAGACAUCGAUGAAGACAUCAUCAACCGAAUCUUCAGGAUCUGCAACAUGGCCAGGCCACAGGAUGGUUACCGCCUGGUGCAACACUUUCAGUUCAUCGGCUGGCCGGCCUACAGGGACACGCCUCUCUCCAAACGCUCCAUCCUCCAGUUGGUCAGGAGGUUGGCUAAGUGGCAGGAGCAGUACGACGGAGGAGACGGGAGGACUGUAGUACACUGCCUUACUGGUGGAGGGCGUUCUGGAACGUUCUGUGCCAUCUGCAGCAUCAACGAGAUGAUCCAGCAGCAGAACAUUGUGGAUGUUUUCCACACCGUCAAAACGCUGAGGAACAACAAGACCAACAUGGUGGAGACGAUGGAGCAGUACAAGUUCUGCUAUGAAGUGGCUUUGGAGGCGCUCAGCUCCUUCUGAUUGGCUGCGUGCUGAAAAUGUCCUUCCUGAUUCGACAUUGACGCUGCCUGUCAUUCUCAACCUGUGAGCAUGUGUGCCUGCGUGUGUGUGUGUGUGAUUCUGUGUGAAUGACUGAGGGCAUGCUUGCAUAUUUGACUGUGUGCAUUUAUGUGUGUGCCUGUGAAAACACACACACACACAACCUGUACAGAAGAGAAAAAAAAAAGUGACGAACGCACACACACACUGCUGAUUUUCAUGUGUGUGUGUUCGCUUCAGUGAGACUGGGGACUUUACAUGCUUGUACAAAAGAAAAAAGAAAAAAUGAUAGAUGGAAAAAAUGACAAAAUGAGAUGUUUAAAAAAAAAAAGCUCCACCUUUUCGUCCUCUCUCUCUCUCUGUCCUCUCUGCUGGGCUGUGAUGUGACUAUUGUACAGUAUUUCCUUUUUAGAUAUAUUCUACGCCUUGAAUGUUGUCUCCCUCUGAAGGCUGGAUGCACACUGCAAGAUAUUUUUCGGCAUUUAGCUGAGACUCAAGCGAGGCCUCGACUGCUUUGCACUCCGCUGUCGAUCCACCCGGAGUGUUUGUAAAGUAAAGUAUAAAUGCGGAUGUUUGUGUCUGUGAUUCAGUUGGUCGGAUCAAAGCAAACACCGGCGGACCCUUUGAAAUCACAAGCUGAUGAAUUUCUAUGCAGCUGUGGCCUCUUGGCUGACUGAUGUUAAACUCCAACGAUAAAACUUCUCGAUGUGCUUUCUUUGUCUCCAACGGUUCUGCUUUAACUGUGAAGAAAUGGUGAGAAACACGGUUAAAACGGGGAGCAAUAGCACAACACAAGCUACGACGAGUGGACUCGAGCGCAUGAUGAUGAGCAGCGGCGUUAAACAGACGAGAACAACGCAUCAUGCUUUGCCUUUAAGGCCAGACGUUAUGUCGUCUCCAGGUUUUUCAAUGUGAAGUUAACAUCUUAUAGUGUGCAUCCAGCCUUAAUGUAAAUAAGAUAAGACAACCACAGUCAAACAAACAAACAGACAAACAUCAAGCACCAAACACGUUACAAAUAAAGGUUAUCAUUUCAAAACGCUCUCGCUCUGCACAGCCGUGUCCGUCUCAUCCUCAGCCACUUGGUUGUUCUAGUCUGGAACAAAGUCUUCUGUUACCUUAUUACAAACUGCCCGUUUAAUAAAACAUGCUGUCUGAAA